UAUAUAUAUAUAUAUAUAUUUCAUUCACUUUCUUCCAUCCUACUGAAGAAGCUGAUUCAAGAAACAAAUGCAUGAUUUUUGAGUGAAAGAAACAUCUUCUUUAGUAGCAUUUAGAAGAAGAAAAAGUUGUAGAGUUAAAAGCAGCUGAGGAUGGCCACAAAGGUGAAAGGCCUUUUAAAGGCCUUAGGUAUUUCUCAGAUAUUUGAAGGGGAAAAAGAAGCAGAAAUGCAGAUUGGUUUACCUACAGAUGUAAAGCAUGUUGCCCAUAUAGGAUGGGAUGGACCAUCCGUUGAAUCUCCCAGCUGGAUGAAAGAAUUCAAAGAACCUGGAAAAUUUCAUACAGCCCCUUUGGGUCCUCCAUUAGAUCCUAAUGAUCAUCCCGAUAUCAAAUUUGUUUCUCAAGAUGCAAACCAAAAGUACAAAAAUGCAAAUUCUUCAUUACCAGAUGACCAACCAGAAGUGUCAAAGACAUCAAGGCGCCAUUCUUCAUCAGAAACUGGGACUGGUAGUGCUACUUCUCCAAAGAAAGAGUCCAAAUCCAGGAGGCGACACACCAAAGAGCCAUCCGAUGGUUCAAGGUCAAGCCGACACAGCCGGCCAGGCUCAGGUGAUGGUGGCUCUGAUUCUCCAGCAAGGGACCUCCCGGACAUACCCAAAAAAACAAGGCGGAAGAAAUCCAAGGAGGAUGGUGGAGUGGGGUCCGGCUCGUCCCGAACCUCUAAAUCCAAAGCCACCACCUCUUCUAGUACAGCACCAAUGGAUAAUGGAACAGACACAGGAUGUGAAAGUUCCAUGUUAAGUUCAAGAAACAGUGAGAUAGAGAAAGAGUAGUGGCAUUGUUUAAGAAAAACAAAGAAUAUAAGAUGGACUCGAAAUCAGUCAAUUUUUUGUGUAGUUUAACUUAAAUCUGGCCACCUGUUUUGAUAUACCAAAAUUUUCCUAUACAAUGAUUAGAACCUAUUUACAAUCUAACCUUUUGAUGCCUUGUUUGCAAUGUAGAUUCAGUUUCCUUUUUCCUAGUUUUUUUCCCUAUUUUCCUUUUCUGCCAUUCAA